AUGGACACUGAAGUUGGCGAUGGUGAUAGGGUCGAUGUAAUAAAGGAGGAGCUCAAGGUCGGUCCAAGUAUUGAUGUAACGCUGUAUGUGGCGGAACCGUCUACCAAAAUAGUUGGCGAUGGAUUUUCGGAUGGAAAAGAAAGCGUAGCAGUGGGUGAUGCCAACGUUGCGUCCGUUGCCAAGUUGUCUGUAACGGUUGCUGCAUUCGUUGUCGAUGCCGAGGCUGUUGAUGACAGUAUGUUUGGCAAGUUCGUUGUGACGGAUAGUGAAGUGAGGUCCGAGAUUGGAGUCGAGCUCAAAGAACUCUCUAAAUACGAAGAUUGCGUGAUUGAAGAGGUUGGAUUCGAGACGGAAUCCAUAUUGCUUGUCAAUGGGUCCGAAGUCGAUGCUGAGAUUGAUGUGAACGUCGUGUUCGCAAAUGAACCAGUCAGAGAGACUGUCUCACUUGUUGACGAUGGACUUAUAGAAGAACUGUUGGUGGGCUCUGUGCUUUCAGAGGCCGCAACAGUCGUACUACCGAGGAAUGUUGUACUGAGAGAAAAGGUGCUGUCCGUUAUGCUACUUGACAGUAGACUUGUAAGAUCCGAGGACGUGCCGCUCGAAGUGAAUGUCAGGAUCGUUGUGGGAGAGCUCACAGACGAGGGAGAACUGAUUGAAGAUAACGAAAAAGUCGAAGACGUCGUUACUGUCGAAAUUGAGCUUGUAGAGGACGUCGAGGAGUUAGAAAAGAUCGUGGAAAGAGUAGUUGUGGAAGUUGAGCUGCUUGAUAAUAGUGUCGUUGAAAGGGUGGAAGUCGUUGAGCUCAGGCUUGAAGAAGAAAUUGAAGGAGAAAACGAAGUUGUUGGAACACUGAACGUUGCUGGCUCAGUAUUUGUCGUAGUGGUAUCAGCCGUAGACGUAGAUGAUGUGAGGAAAAUUGAAGAUGUAGAAGAGCUAGUCGUGUUUGCGAAUGGACCCCCGGUUGAUGUUGAAGUGAGCUGUGUGUUGCUGGACACUUCGAUGCUGGUAGUUGUGAGGGACGAGGUCGUGAUAGAUUCGGAAGAAGUGAAAGAGGACGUCAGACUUGCGGUCGAUGACAGGGACAACAAAGAGCUUGAUGAGCUUGAAGAAGAGGCUGACGAAGGGGUUGAAGUCGACAAGAAACUUGACGCAGUUGAUGAGAAGGUCGACGUGGAUGAGGUAGAUGAUGGAGUGGACAGCGAGGGAGAUGAGGGAGAUGAUGAGGAUGAAGUUGACGAUGAAGUCGAUAAAAUUGAAGAGGAAGUUGAGGAUGUGUCUGUUGUGGACUCUGAGCUUGUUAAAGGAAUCGAAGAAGAGUCUAAAGACGAGGUCGACGAUAAAGUCAAGGGUGAGGUUGAAUCAGAGGCCGAGGAGGAUGAUGACAGGGAAGUUAAAGAUGAUGUCGAGGGGGAGGAGAUUGAGGAUGGGUCUGUGCUGGACUCUGACGUUGAUGCGAUCGUCGAAGAAGAAGUUGAGGUGGUUGAGGAUGAGUUCGAAAAGAAGGUGAAAGACGAAACUUCAGUGCUGGACUCCGAAUUCGAUGACGCUGUCGACGACGUGCUUGAUUCAGUCGUUUCCGUAGUAGUCGGAACAGGUGGAACCUCCCGGAAGCCAAAAUACACGCUGUAG